AGUGAGGAUGGCGGCGACUCCAGUAGAGGCUAUCACCGGCAGGCGCAAGUGGCUUGCGGCGCUGCUCAGCAGAGACACUAUCUGCACCAGGAAAGAAUUGCCAUCGGGAGCCGGAGGCGUGACAGUUGGAGAUGACAUGCUUGCCGAGGCGAGCGAGGGUUGAGGGCCGUGGGUGGACGCCUGACCGAUCGGGUGCCGGCUUUGAGUGG